AGAGGUUUAAAGUAGUUAACCCUUAUUUUUUUCCCCUAAAACAUGGGUGAUAACAACAAAGGGAAACAAGUCUCAGAUAGAGAAGUCUUUAAGUACAACACCAAUUUCACAUCUCAUGAGCAAGAGCAAGAUCAUGAAGUAAUCAAAGAGCAAGAUCGUUUGCUUCCAAUAGCUAAUGUUGGUAGGAUCAUGAAACAAAUCUUGCCUCCAAAUGCAAAAAUCUCGAAAGAUGCUAAAGAAACCAUGCAAGAGUGUGUCUCAGAGUUUGUUAGUUUUGUAACUGGUGAAGCAUCUGACAAGUGUCACAAGGAGAAGCGCAAGACAGUGAAUGGUGAUGAUGUUUGUUGGGCUUUGGGGACACUAGGGUUUGAUGAUUACGCUGAGCCACUCAAAAGGUAUUUGUAUAAGUAUAGGGAAUUGGAUGCGGAAAGAGGGAACCAAAAUAACAAGGGUAACAACAACAUCAACAUCAACAUCAACAACAACAACAGUGAUGAAAUUGAAAACAAUAUUAAUGAAACAUAUUAUUAUGAUGAUGGUAAGUCACAAACUCCAAGGAAAGUGAAUGUUGCUUCCUCUUCUAUGUUCAAUAAUAGGAACAGUGGCCCUCAGUCAAGGGGAUAUUGAAUCUACCUAGCUACUAGUUGUUGAUUUUCUUAGUUUUCUUCUAACUUUUGAGAUCUAUCCUAAUAUGUUUUUUUUUUUUUUUUGGGUUGAGUGAUCUAUAUAUCCUUAUAUGACAUAAGAUGUGAGGAAUUAAUAUAUGUAUACCCAUGUUAUGUAUUUUUAAUUUUAGUGCUGAUGUUUUGUUCAGGUUCUAAAUAAUUGGGUUUGACAAUAGAUGCAACAUGUAUAGCUUGAGAAGCUAGCAUAUUGGGAGUUAUUUAUAGCUAAUUUUUGGGUGUCCAAUAAUAAGCUUUCAUCAUUUUCAUG